AUGCUGCCGACCGCCUGCGAAGUACCUCGAGAGCGAACCGCGCGAGCUUCACCAAGUAUUAUCUGCUUCCGCUCGACCGCGCCGGGAACAAAACAGGAAUUGCCUCGGUUCGACUCGCUGCCCCUCUUCGCUGCAUUCGCUCUCUGCCAGGCUCCAGCCAUCCCCGCCGACUGGGCAAAGCCGAACCGGUCCGAACGCCCAACCGAUCCUGCAGGCGAGCCCCAUGACGCAACCGGCUCGCGCCAACUCGGAUUCCGACUCGUACCAACUCUACCACGUCUUCUCCCAACACCCCUCCAGGCCUCGGCGCAGACCUUAUUUGACGGUACAUAUCCCAUGUGUUCUUCCUCUCUUCGCUCAUCACCACCCUCCUCAGACAUGCUCUCUGCCGCCAUUCUCCCCGUCGAGCUCGUCUCCCUCAUCCUCGAACAUGCAUACUACGACCGCGUCCAUGGGAAACCCGACGUCGACACCCUCCUUGCCUGCGCCCUCGUAUCCACCUCGUGGACAUGGCCGUCCCAGAGGCUCCUCUUCCACUCCGUCGCUGUCCGCGCAACCUCCAUUCAAGGUUUUAUGGACGCGAUUAAUCCCGAACACGAGCUUGGCAGGCGAAGAGGGGACGUCGUUCGCAUCCUAGAGGCUUCCGUUGGCAAGCUAUCUGACCGAGCACUCUCCGCCCCCGGUUUCCUCGCCGUGCUGCAGCGAUGUCCACGACUAUAUGCGCUCAACGUCCGCCUCUGCGCCCUCCACGAAUUCGACAAGGACACCCUCGCCCAGCUUCGCACCAUAGCUCGCAGCAAACGUCGCACCCCUCUCAGAGCUCUCAGUCUCAUGCAAUGCGGCGUGCAGUCGCCCGUGCUCUACCAGCUCCUUGACGUCUGGCCUACCAUCCAGUUUCUCCGCAUCGGCGUCGAACUCGUCUGCCCGCCCCCAGAGCCCGGCGGCUUCCAGCUCUACGAGCUCGCCAUACACCGCAUGCCCAGCCCGGACAUCCUCCGCUGGCUUCUCUCCGGAUCCGCCGACUCGCUGCAGAUCGCCGAGUUCCGUGACAUCCCUGGGCCCCAGCUCACGGACCUACUCACGCGGCACGGCCCUCGCCUGCGUUCGCUGCGUCUCAUGCCGUUCAACAUGCGCGCCACUGCAGUCAUCCGCCUCUGCCCGAACCUCGAGGAGCUUGUCCUCUUUCAGCUGUCGACGUUCCUCGGGCUCGGCGCCCUCCCGCAGCGCCUCGAGCACCUCAGCUUCCGCAACUACACCUGGAGCUCGAGUCCAAGCCUGGAGACCGUCGUCGCGACCGUGGGCCGCCUCCCGCGCCUGCGCAUCGUGAGCUGCGAUCCGCGCGCGGAACACCACCAGGACUUCCCGGCGCUACGCGGCAAGUGCGCACAGCGCGGGAUCGAGCUCUGCGCAGACGCGCUGCCAAUAUGGGUGGUGGAUGACCCAAUACCGGUGCACCGCUUCCCCCGGCGUAAGUCAGUGUCGAAUUUUGUGCUGAUGAACCAGUGUGCGGAGGGCGCCGUGCGUGCGUGCGCGGCCGACGGGACAAUGGAGAAUGAGUAUCAGCCUGGCUGA